AUGUUGAAUAAUGUGAUGACUCCUCCGUCGAGGAAUACGAGGGCGUCCGGUAGUACCUCUGGGUUUGGGGAGUGUUGCGACACGUGUUUGAAAGGCAUUACUCUACUCUUUCAAAAGGAGAAUAUCCGGAGGGGCGCGGCUACUGAGGCAGUAAAGGGCAUAUCGCGCUCACUAGACGAGGAAGCAGUGCAGGAGCUUCCCGCAGUGCAAGGAGUAGCGUCUGCUCACCGGCACACAGGGACCCAUCGUGGGCUCGGUAGUAGCACUCGGGAAACCAACCCGAAACGGGCGCCUUCUAAUGCGACAUGUCCCCACACAGGCUUCUUUGCAGUACAUCCGCCGAAACAUCGGAUGAACAAUGGGCGUGUUGACGAUCGAACAAAUGUAGCGCAGGAGUGCAGAACGCCAGUGUACAGCAUUCUUAAGCGGACCGGUGGGGAUCCUCCUGGGGAAACGUAUGGUUCUCGAGAUGAGACAAGUUCUGAAGGUGCGAGAUUCACGCGAGAUCGAGUACAUAGUAUGCUCGUGCCACUACGUUUUGAUAGGAAUGGACAGAAGAUCAAUGAGCACGGCAAUCAUCAUGUGUCGUUCAAUGACACAGAUCUCGAGAAGCGUACUCACCCCUGUGAGUCGUCCUUUUCACCACCUAGCGACCCGAUGUCGGUGCCAGAGUUCAACCGGAUGCGUAAAUGGGUGUGGACACAGCAACGGCAGAGAGAAUCGCAGAGCAAGGUUGAGCAUUUCUUGACGUUUCGGAUGCGCGCCAUGUCUAUAUAGCAUUCUUCUACUGUGUAGCAUUGCUCAGUAGUACACAAGCAAGUUGUAGUUUAU